AUGUUUUUUUGUAAAACCACAGUCCUUAAACGGCUUUUAGCCAAUCAUGGACCCCUAAUCCACAGAUCGCUAUGGUCGUGGAAUAAAUUCAAACCGAAUUUCGGCGUGUACGAUAUAGUGGAUUUGGGAUACGUUAGCGAGCCUAGAACGGUGCCGGAAUAUGUUACGUUACCGUCCUAUGCAAAGACUGGAAUCGUCGAUGACGAGCCCGAUCAAUACUCUGAUCCAGAAAUCCACACUGAAGGGCAAAUAGAAAUGCUACGACAGAGCUGUAAGUUAGCCAAGUUCGUGUUGAAUAGCGCUGCUGGUCAGUUGAGAGUCGGCAUUACCACUGACGAGAUUGAUUGUUUUGUGCAUGAUUUGAUUAUCAACAAUAAUGCGUACCCGUCUCCACUAAAUUACAAUGGAUUUAAAAAGUCCGUGUGUACUUCAGUUAAUAACGUUAUAUGUCACGGAGUGCCAGACGACCGCCCAUUACAGGACGGUGAUCUCGUAUCCGUGGACGUAUCCGUCUAUUUGAACGGUUACCAUGGUGAUUGUGCUGCCACAUAUUGUGUCGGACAAGUGGACGAAUACGGUAAAAAUUUGAUGAGUAUCGCCGAAGAAUGUAUGUACAAAGGUAUCAAAGCAUGCGGGCCCGGAAAAAGUUUCCCUGACAUUGGAAGAGCAAUAGAGUCAUUUGCCUUGAAAUCCAAUCAUAAUGUAGUUCCGAGUAUUACUGGACAUGGGAUCAGCACGUAUUUUCAUGGCCCCCCUGUUAUUUUUCAUUCUACUUUACAUAAUUAUCUUGGAAUAAUGGAACCAGGUAUGGUGUUUACAGUAGAGCCGGUAAUUUGUCAAGGAACUAAUGAAAUAGAAAUGUUACCUGAUGGGUGGACCAUAGCAACGGCAGACAAUUCUAGAGGUGCUCAAUUUGAACACACCAUACUGAUAACCGAAACUGGUUAUGAUAUCUUAACGAUAUAA